AUGCCUGAGGCUCCCAAUUAUCUGCAGCUUGACGAGAAUGUGUUGGAGGCACUCGUUCAUGCGCUUACCGCUGACCGAAGUGCUUGCGUUGCGGGUUGCCUGCCGCACAUCCUCAACGAGAUUGCGCAUGGGGAAUCUGAGUUAAGUGUGCAGCGUCCUGGGCGGACGCGUGGAGGCGGGGAGCACGCAAAGGCCGCCGCAGUGGCAGAGUUGCUGGAGCGCGCCCUAACCAGUGCCCCCGACGCAACAGACUGGUCUGUGGCAGAGGAUGGGUGGAAUGUGUUUUUGAGUGGUGUUGGUUCUGGGCAAAGGUACCAUGGUGAGGCACGAGAGGCACUGAAGUCCCUCGCGGGACCGGCCACGCAGGCAUUGUCGCCAUUGCUGGCGUUUCUGGCUGCCAAAGAACACGUGUCGGAGGAGAAACUUUUGUCUGCAAGGGGUUUCUACGCCCGUGCUGUAUCUUGCCUGCUUCGAGUUCAUCUAUUCGGGGCCACAGAGAAGGAGAGCGUCAUGUGGCUGCGACGCUACGAUUGGAGCACGGAGCUCGAUGAACUCUUACGCCCUUUUCUGCGUGCAGAGGUGGAGCCGCUGGCGAAGGAGUUGUCCUUUCACUUUAAACCAGGGAAGAAAACUGCACGGCGGGAAGAACCCCAACACUUCUUUUCGUUUCUCUUGCAGUUGUACGAACGCUACAGCCUUGACACUCGCGCGCAUGGCUGGGUGUCACCCAAGCUGGAGGCGCAGGAUUCUGUUUCUCUAAGGGCACUUGGUGGUGUAUCAUUGGCCUCAAUUGCAGUUGCCGUCUUCCGUGGCGUCUACGGCUGGUACGAGGGAUCCAAAUUUCUCGUUGCUAGGGACUUCACGGUGCAUGGCGUGAAUUCUUUUGUGGACUUCUUAGAUCGAGUAGGGGGGACCCUUCACGGCGGGGCACAGCUGCUACUGGCAGAGAGUAUUUUGUUCCCUUCCGUCUUUCGCGUAUUCUUAGAGACGGCACGACUUGCCGCCGAACGAGCGUUUACCACGGGUGCACGUGCACUGUGGAGGCAGGAGUUUCUUGCCAUGGAGCCUCUGCGGGCAUUCACUGCCGUUUGCGGCGCACGCCACAUGUUGAGAUGUCUGGAAGCGGUCGUUCGACGCUUGACGGUUGUUUUCUCACUUAUUCCUGCCUACGCGGUGAGCCUCUGGGAACGCACCGUCACACCGUGUCUGUCGACAUUUGUACGCGGUCUUGAGGCGACCAGCGAGUCAAGUAAAUCGACGGUCGACGCGGUUGCAGUGUCACUUGAGGUGCUUGUCUGUGUGCAGGCCAUGUAUUCUGCGGCGGAGGAAUGGCGGGAGCAAUGCUGCGUGGCCUGUACUGGCGUGGAGAUUGCUGUGUCCCCACUUGAGCGGUUGGGGUUGUGGCGUGAUGAACUCAUACGCAGGACGACGCACGACAUCAAUAAUUUUCUUACGCGACUCUUUGCGGGUCACGGCUUCAUGGAGAGGGACCUUCAGGCAUGGGAUGCGCUGUUGCGCCUUGUGGCUAGCGGGAAAUCCAUGGCGCACGCCAUUCUCUAUGAAGACAUGAAGGUGUCUUUGACGCGGCUUGCAUCGGAGGAGCAGCGAAACCACUUAAGGGAAUAUUGUCAACUUAGUGGUAUGGAAGCCAUUGCAGCCUUGCUGGGAAACACCGGGGGGUGA